GUGCGGUUAAUUUGAAAGCUGGAGGAAGCUGUAGACGCGUCGCUAUAGAAACAAGUGCAGGAAGUAGCUGCGAUAAAGUUCUGUCAUGUCCCGCUCAGUGAUCCCGCCCCUGGAUGCUGGGGCCACAGCCCCGGAGGCGUUGUCCUUGCUACACCAGCGCCUCCUGAUGGCUGAGGAGCAGGCAGAGGCACUCGUCAGAGACAUGGUCAGUCUGGGAGUGUCCAGAGAGCAGAUUCUGGAGAGGGUGGAAGGAGACCUCAUCCAGCGCCCAGUUAGCCCCCUGAAGAUGCACCAUGCGCUGAGAGAGCCCGGGGGAGAGGGACUACUGUGGCGCCAGUGUGAUGGGCUAGUGAGUAGAGUGUGUCGCAUGGAGAGCCUCCUGCAGACACUCAAGCUCGCCACGUUCCGUUUCUCAACUGAGAGAGAACUGGAUCCUUCACACUCAGCUCGACUGAAGGAGCAGAUAUCCACACUACAGAGGGAGAGUGAGGAGGAGCAGCGGGCCUCCAGGAGGGAGGUGAUGCGGCUUAGGGACCAGCUCCGCCAGGCCUACCUGGACAGGGACAAGGCCCAGGGGGAGGUGCAGGAACUAGAAGAGGCCCUGGAGGUUGCAACGGCCUCCAAGAUGGAUGUGGCACUGGCCGCGGAGGAGCUGAAGACGGUCAAUGUUGAGAUGAGUGAGAAGGUGCUGCAGCUGAAGGCUCAGGUGUACCAAGAGUGUGUUCGAUCUUUGGAGAACGAGAAAUCCAACCACGCACUGCUUCAGAGGGUGGAGGAGCUGGAGGGAGUGGUGGAGUGGGAGAGAAGACAGUCCCAGAUCGCGCAGGCAAACUGCCAUGCACUGAGCUUUGACGGACAGACCACCAGACAGAGGCUGCAGGAGGUGGAGGACAGAGCCCACAUGCUGCAGGAGCAAUGUGAUCAGCUUAAAGGGCAGGCAGAGGUGAAAGAUUCCCUUGUUUUGGAGUUGACAGGUGAACUUAAAUGUGUACGGCUAGCUCUGCAGACACAGCAGCGGGAGAACAGCGGGCAUUUGAAAGAUAUAGGAAACCUGAAGACAACGGCUGACCAAGUCCUGGCUUUAAACAGCCAGUUGGAGUGUCAGUGCUCUGAGUUGAACUCUGCCCUACGUUCUCUUACUAUGGAGAAUUCCAGACUACAGACUGAACACCAAGCUAGCAUUAAGACAGAGAGGUAUCGUGUGUCCAAGCAGCUGGAAGAGCAAGACCUCCUACUGGAAGCAGCCAGGCGCAACAUCCAGGCAGAACUGCAGGGGGCGCUAUCAGAUAAAGUUAAACUAAAGAUGGAACUAGAGACUCUUAAGGUAGACCAUAACCAGCUUCUGCAGAGUUCCACCGUUGCCCAGGAGAAAGCAGUUGCUCAGCAGGAGCUCUUGGAAUGUACCAUUGAGAGACUUCGGGGGGAGCUGACCGCAUCUGUAAAGGAAGGGGAGGUCAUGAGGCAAGACAGGGAUAGCGCAAAGACUGAGAUGUGCAUACUGGUCACCAAGCUAGAGGGUGAAAAAAAUUCUCUGGUAACACAACUCGCUAAAGUCAAGCUGGAUACAGUCACAUUUCAGAAGCAGGAGGAGGAGAACAGGAGGCUCAUGGGAAAGCUGACUGCCAUUGAGCACCAGCAGAAUGCUCAGCUGCAGGUGGAGCAAAUGCUCAAGGAGCUGACAGACAGUAAGAACACACUGGCCUAUGAGAACGGUUCACUGCAGACCAAGGUGGACCAACUACAGGACGAGGUACGAGAGUUAAGAGAUGCCCGGGCCGAAAGUGUCCAACAAUGCAAGCGGAGCUCUGUGUUAAAGAAUAAGUGCAAUCAGGUCAGCUCUGAAAUGAAAACACUGAAGUUAACCUGUCAAGAGCUGGAGGCUCAGCUCAGACAGGCCCAAGGGGAGUUGGUGUCGGCGGUGGCAGCCAGAAACAAGGCUCUGAUGGACAGCCGGAUCCUGAGGGGAUGUCUGGACCAGCUGCAGGAGCGGCACCAGGACAAGCUGAGCGAGUUAGAGGUCAGGCUGGGAGUUUCUCACCAGGGAGGGGGCAAUGUGACUCAGACCCUGGAGAGUGUUUUGGCCUCCCACUCCCGUCUGCAACACAACACUGAGACUCUACAGCAGGAGUUGGGAGGACGAGAGCAGGAGCUGGUCACUCUCAGACUGCAGGCUCAGAGAAAGAUUCAAAGACUCCAGUUAGAGGUGCAGAAACUCCAAGAUAUCAUGACAACUACUCACUCUGAGAAAACCGAAAUGGUGGAGUCUUUGCGGAAAGCCCUGGAUGUGACAAGGCUGGACAACAAGAAGCUUGCCCAGAGUUUAGAGCAGGCUGUGCUGGCCAACAGCACUCUGCAGGCCAACUUCGACCAAGCUAGACACCAAUACCAGAACAGCAGCAAACUGAGAGAGUCAGAACUGCUUGAGACUAGGGCAGAGAUUGGUCAAUUGUCAGAGCGUCUUGAAACUAUGAAGCGUCAUAUGAAGAAAGAGAGGGAAUUAGCAAAGAGUCUGUCACAGAGAGAAAUCUCAGAGUUGAGAAAGGCACUAGAGGACUCAUCAUUAAAGUCAGAUGACCUCUCCAGAGCCAACCGGGAGCUGCGGGAGAAGAUCUCAGAGUUGGAGAAAGUGGUGUCCAAUCAGAAAGCCUGUCUCAGAGAUCAGAAGACACGGCUCCGGCAACACCAGGAUAACAGAGCAGCUCUGAGCAACACAAAGACAAUAAAGGCAUCGACAGUAGCUUACUACACUUUAAUAUAAACCCUGUCCUUAACUCUGACUCAUUUGUCUGUCCCCUUCUUGUCUUCCCC